CGUCACUCGCAGCAGCGUUGUUGUGCGACCCGCCACACAUGGAGUAUUCUACACUUGGUGACGCCCACGUCGACAGUACCAGUUUCAACGAUGGCCACGAGCGGGGGGACGAGACGUGACACACUGAGCAAGGCGGAGAGGAUGGCGGUGGCAGCAGCCGUGAACGCCAUCCUCUUCCGGUGUCAGUUGCAGAGGGGCGAGGGGAGGAUGAGAGCGUUCAUUCACGCACGACGGAAGAGGAUGCUGCAGUCCACGAAUGUGGAGGGAGAGGACAGUGGUGCCAUUUGCGACGCCGUGCUGCAGGUGUGCUAUGCCAUGGGGUGUGGAGCAUUCCCCAGAGCGACGCCCAUGUGGUGGAUGAAGCGACGGACAGGAGGGGCGUGGGAGGAUCUUCGGCAAUGCGACGACGCGACAGCGGACUACUUCAAGGACAAGCUGCGCAUAUCGCCACGUGUAUUCCGAGAGAUCAUGGAAGCUUUGUCUCCCUUCCUUGAAGGGCGUGCCACUUUCUAUAGGGAGCCGCUUCAGCCUGACCACAUUGUCGCGUACGCUUUGUACAGGUGGGCGUCGGGGGAGACAUACGAGAGCGGGACAUGCAACUUCGACAUUGGCAGAUCUUCCGGGUUUGUGGCUGUGCGGGAUGUAACAACGGCGUUGCUGAGUGCGUACCCCGACAAGAUAUCCUGGCCGACGGGUCUGCAGAAGGUGGUCGUCUUGCGAGCUUUCGCUGACAAGGGUUUCCCUAACUGCCAUGGGUGCAUCGACUGCACCCACAUCUUCAUCGACAAGUCAACGAAUUGCCCCGGGGAGGACUACUACGAUAGAAAACACCGUUUCUCCAUCCAGGCGUAGAUCAUCGUCGAUUUGAACUUGCGCGUGCUGGAUGUGUUCGUUGGUUAUCCAGGAAGUUGCCACGAUG